AUGAGAAAUGAAAUAUGCCACUUUUUGAUAAUCAAAGAACAAGAUACCACCUUACUAACGGUUCCUUUACGGAUACAAGAUCCUUGUGUCCCACCAGUAAACCAAAACAAGAGAAAAGUUUUUAUUGAAAGAAGUGACAUUGUGUUAAAAAGAACGCAGUAUCUUAGAAAAGUGAGGCAAUUACGUCGUGAAAGAAGACCUCUCAUUUACUUGGACGAAACUUGGGUGGAUUGCAACAUAACAUUUUCAAAGUGGUGGCAAUCACAAGCAGUUUUGGGCGUCGUGCAGAGAGGUAAUGCAUCGCAAAGAAUUAUUGUUUUAUAUGCUGGAGGAGAUACGGGAAUUUUACCUGAUACGUCUCUAGUAUACAAAGAAAAUACCACAUCCGGGGACUAUCACGGGCAAAUGAAUUCUACGAUUUUUGAAAAAUGGACUUCCGAAAAACUCAUUACGAAUCUUCCACCAAAUGCUGUACUGAUUCUAUACAAUGCCUCCUACCACACUGUUCAAGUAAAUAAAUAUCCAACCAAGGCAAGCCGAAAAGAAGAAAUUAGCCAUUGGUUACUUAACAAAAAUGUUCAGUUCUCUCCAGUUUUACGGAAAGUAGAGUUAAUGGAGCUUGUGAAACAAAAUGCCCCUAAAGAAAAGUCGUAUAAAUUUGAUUCAAUGCUUGAAAAACAUGAUUUUACGGCUCUACGUCUACCCCCAUACCACUGCGACAUUAAUGCAAUUGAAUUCGUAUGGGGUGAAAUAAAGCAAUUUGUUCGGAACUGCAACACAACUGGAGACAUGGUAAUGAAUAAAUUAUUAAUAAUUACAAAAGAAGCUCUUGAAAGCGUAACGAUGGAAGAAUGGAAGAAAUACUGCACUCAUGUAGAAAAUGUAGAAAAUGACUACUGGGAAAAAGAUGGUUUGAUUAAAGAUUUAAGUGAAUCUUUGAUUAUUUCCUCUGAUGAAGACAACGUGGAUAUGUGUAGUGACUGUGAUACAGAAUAA